AUGAGACGCUGUGUAUUCCUCGUUGUGUUGCUCUGCCUGUUGAGCCUUUUGCAAGAAAACAGCACUACAACAACUCCUGCCCCAACAACGAUGACAAUCCCAACAAGUACAGACUUGUGCGACCCAGACCCUUGUGGAACAAAUUUGGCUGAAUGUAUUGCUUUACAUAGCAUUUUUACCUGCCAGUGCCGAUAUGGAUUCUACUAUAGCAAUGAAGAUUGUCACAGAGGGAAAAUAUUUCCAGGGGUCAUCACACUGAAAGAAUUUUACAGUGUUCAAACUGUAAAUUCCGUGCAGUAUGAAGAGUUGUUCCAAAAUGUAACAAUGUUUUUUAAGGGUGCCUUCAGCAAUUUAACAGGCUUUGGACAGACUGUCAUUGUGGAAAUUCAAUCUCUAAAAGAGGGCAGAGCUUCUCUUCCAGUGAAUGUAACAGUGACAAACCUGUUUAUGGAGAACUCAACUGUAAACAACGUGACAGUUAGUUCUGCAAUAAGUAAUGCAGCAGAAAAUUCAUCCUAUGUCUCUCAGUACAGAGGUACAACCUAUUGUGCUGCUUUUAAUUGUGAUGCCAAAACCACAGACUGCAAAGAAAAUAUGUUUCCAAAAUGCAUAUGCAAAAGUGGUUUCUCAAAGACAGAAUGGGAUGAUCGUUCUUGUUCAGAUUGCAGUCAAGACUGUUCUGCAGAAGAAAACAAGUACUGUGUAAAUGAAAGAGGAAUUCCAACAUGCAAAUGCAUGCCUAACUUUGAAAGGAAGGAUGAAAAAUGUGUAUCUUGUCCAGUGGGCUACUCUGGAGAGAACUGCAAGAACAAUAGUGAACUCAUCCUUAUAAUAGUGGGUACAGUGUCUGGAGCAAUUAUCCUGAGUUUAGUGACAGCAGUCUCUAUUGUUUCAGUAAGAGCCAAACACAAACAACAUCCAGAGAAGAAGAGCCUGAUAAAGCCAAGAUAUGACAACUCAGGUAUCUCUGAUGAUAGACAGACCACGAUGUUCCCCAGAGUCCAGACCACUUCUGGCCAUGCGAACCCAGGAUAUCAGCCAAACAACCCAUAUGAGAUGCAUUCCUCAAAUAGAGGUCGUUUUCUGCAGAGGGAUUAUGAUGAUUUGUACGAAAUAUCACGGGAGCCUGAGAACUUUAGGAUGCAGAGCAGAUACUAA